AUGGAGUUCUCAUCGAUCUUAUCAUCUGCUUUCCGAUUGUUAACUUGGACCUUCAGGCCUUCAAAUUCCUUUUUGAGUCGUGGCGUUCGUGCUAUGAGCGCCGCCUCAGCCGCACCGAGCAAGGUUGUGAAAUCGCCGCCGUGGAUGAUGCUGCCGCCGUCGUUUGAGGGCGGCAGAAUGGUUAAUUACAACUUCUACAGCCUGGGACACGACAAAGUCUUGAGCUUUGACGGCGGCAGGACAUCAUCACGGUACGAGAAAUCAGAGACGAGCAUAAUCGUGGGAUCCUCACACGGCUGGCUGGCCCUUUUCAAUCCGACCAAUUCCGAACUGUUCCUGUCGAACCCCCUCACCGGCCGCCACGUUAGUCUCCCGCCGGUUCCCCCCUAUGGCCGCCACGUGGGUCUCCUGCCCCACAUCACCGUCGAUGAUGACGGCUGUGCGUGGGUCAACAAGGUGAUAAUCUCCGGUGAAGACCCAGAACACGAAGAUUGCCGGGCCUUGAUGAUCUUCGGCACUUGCGAAAUCCUUGCUUUCUGCUGCCCGGGCUGGGCCGGGGCAGGGUGGACCCGCAUCGGCGCCCACACUUAUCCUCCGUACAAUGACGUGAGGGGAUACGAGGAUAUGGUGUACUCAGGCUCGGAGAAUCUAUUCUUCUGCCUCACUCAGAUUGACUCUGGCGAUUUGGAGGCAUGGGAUCUCACAGACCCCACCUCGCCUAGGCUGGUAUGGUCGAACCACAAGGACUUGUUGGGCUAUAAAAACUACAUUUCUUGGUUGGAUGAUGUGGAGCAUUUACGUUUGUCGGAGACUGGCAUUUGGACAAGGGCACUUAGAUACUUGGUGUAUGCAGAGGAUUUGCGGCAGUUGUUUCUUGUCACUCGUCACUUAGUCGAGCAAAUGGCUCCGGAUGGUUCGUCUGUGGAGGACUUGGAAAGAGACAAUGAAUACCCGUACAAGACGGUGGCUUUUGAUGUGCAUAAAAUCGACCGGGAAGAAGGUGGAGGAGGGAAGUUGAGCUAUGUUGAUGGGUCGUUGAGUGGGUUGGCUAUGUUUGUUGGGCUUAACCACUCGUGCGCGGUGAUGGCUACAAACGAUGGGCUGAAGCCCGAUUCCAUAUACUUCACGGAUGACAAGGAAUUCAACCCGAGAAAUUCGAAUUACACUGAUGAGGAGGAAAAAAUGUAUGGGGGGCAUGAUAUUGGGAUUUAUGAUUAUGAGAAGAAGACUAUCUCCCCUUGCUAUUAUCCGUGCGAAGUGGGGAGAUUGAAAAGGAUUAUGCCUUCACCUAUUUGGUUUACUCCUCGUAACUAA